AUGACAGUCGACCGGUCGACCGAGGAUCGGGAUCAGAGAUGGGAGAGUCCAAUCCGCGAGCGGGAUUCCAAAGUGUGGCAGAAGGCGUGCAAGUUCGGGCUCUUCGACCACGUGGUGUUGAGCGACGCGAAGGACAUGAAAGCCGCUUUUCAAUCCAAUAAAUUCCUGGAUCGACCAGACACCUUCCCCUAUACUUUGCUCUCUAUGGAUCACACCCUCGGAAUAUCGGGUUCAAAUGCAGAAGGUUGGAAGAGACGCCGACGUCUCCUCCUGCAAACGUUCCGUGACCAGGGCGUGGGAGACCAACGGGUGGAACCCAUCGUCGAUCGACAGAUAGGAUCCUACCUCGAUCACCUGGAGAAAGAGAGGAGGAGAGGAGGGGGGCUACUGUUGGACGUGCAACUCAACAAAGACCUCACGAGCAUCUUGAACGUUCUCGUCUUCGGCGUGGAGAACCCAUUCUCAAGCGAACAAGAGUACGAGAGUGCGAUCCGGAAAUUGGAAGAAUUCCUGAACUCUGAGAACCACAACCAGUGGCUCGUCCUCAGUGCCAUCUUCUUUCACUUGCCCAAAUACUUGAAAGCGUUCGUGAGAGAGGAUCUCCAAGCCUUUCAAUCCUUCCUCACACGAAUGGCGGAGGUGAUAUCCAGACUGCGUUGCACUUGGGCAUCGAGCCCCGACGACACAGUGGCAGCUGCUUUCCUCGAGGACCUCCGCCAUCGACAAGCCAUGACUCCCGACCAAAAACGUACAGAGCUAUCGGGGGUCCUGCUGGAUGCAUUCGGAUCGACGGUGGACAUUUUACCAGGGACGGCCAGGUGGAUCGUUCUCUUUCUCCUCCUCGAUCCCGAAGGGCAAGACGAGAUCCGUCGGGAAAUCCUCGCCAACAUCGGAUCGCAACGCCGACCGACUUACUCGGACAGGAACAAGUCCUUUCGGUCACAAUGGAAAGACUUCUCUCUUGACGUCGCUAAGGCAAGUCUUUCUUACUUCUUGCAUCUCGUCCUCGGCAGACUGCCGUACUGUCAGGCAUUCCUGGAGGAAAGUCUACGACGAGCCAGCACGGCUCCGUUGGGAUUCGAUCACGUGGCCACCGAACACGCCCACAUACGGGAAUACCACAUACCCAAGGGAACAUCCAUCGUUUCUAACAUCCAUGCCUACCAUCACGACCCAGAAGUGUGGUCCGAUCCGGAACGGCACCGACCCGAAAGGUUCCUGGACGAGUCGGGCAACUUCAAGCGUGGAGAAUUCCCUGUCAUCACUUUUGGCAUCGGGAGGCGGUCGUGUCCAGCGGAGGUGAUAAGCCGGGGGAUUCUUUUCUCCUUCAUGACGUCCCUUGUUCAAAGAUUCUCCAUCGACAAAGUGGACGGCGGAUUCUACUCGACGGAGCCGAGAGGACAUGCCCUCUUUCUCCGUUAUCCGACUCCUUUCCUCUUCACUUUGAAAGCCCAUCCAUAAAGAGCAAGCUUUCUUCUUCGUUUUUAAAUGACAUCUAUAGAGAGAAUGCUCGUCUACUCCCCUACCUGUCCCCCUUUCUCUUCACUUUGAAAACAUUUGUACGGAAAUUGCUUCUCACUCACCUAUCUCGUGGAAUAAAACACUGG